GGUGGGUCGCUACGAAAGGUGUCAGUGAUGGGCACGCCGGAUAAGGCUAAGCAGCGCCAAUGGGGCUUAGGAAGGGGAGUGAGGAGGCGAUCCGCCUGUUGGACUCCGACAACAAAGUAGAGUGGGAAGCCGCGUUCCAGAGCUACGCGGCCAGCAUCAAGCGCCUGUCGCAAGAGAAAGGGAAGUCUGAGCUAGUGGAGUUGGAUCAGUGGUGGCGGACGGAAUUGCCGGCGGCCCUUGUCUCUCGCGGAGCAACGCCGUACCUGUUGAAGGACGAGCUCGUGAAGGUCGUGCAGUGGAAGCUGUGGAUAGGCCAGAUGCGGCCGUCCCUCCUCCAACGCGCGAAAGAGACCAGCGCAAACACGCCCUUAGUAGUGGGUAAAGACUACUGCGACCUGGGCCUCCCCACAACAAGGGAAGCCUGUGUCCUUAUUGGCGUCGACGAAUUACAAGAUGCUCUACUGGUACUGGAGGUAGGGGUGAGAGAUGGCGAAAAAGAAAUGAGCCGUGCAACGCGUCGCGAGAAGGCAGAAGAGGCGGAGAGCAGGAGGCUCGAGGAGCAGCAACGACGCCUUGAGCUGGAAGCUGAGCUAGAGCAGCUACAGCAACGCCUCGCCGCUAAGCAGCCGACAACCCCGCUGGCACGUGGGACACCCUCGGAACGCGUGCCUGCUUCACGCCCCUCGGGUGGUAGCAGUCCUCCGGAGGAAAAGUCGGAUGACCCCGAGGCUGCCGACCACGCUAGCAACACGAGCGGUGGUGACGGUGGCGAUGAUUCGGGCGAGCGUGACAAGUUCUUCGGCGGCGGGGGUAGAGACGAUGAGGAGGACGUCCCCCCUGCCGCCGGCCGGGAGCAGCAGAGGGAUUGGGUAGACGAGGACGAACCCGAGGAGGAGUCCGAGGUUCUUUUGUCUCCGGCUGGAGCAUCCAUCGUGGAGAUGCUGAAACGGCACCACCGCGAUGGGACCGACCCUCCGGAAUGGCUCAUGUCUCUUUUGCUGCCCGCCAACUCGCGAAAGGACUAG